AUGGGUUCAGCAUGUUAAAAACCACCCGAUGAUCGAUCUUAUUAUUAAGAAACUGAGGAAAUUUAAUAGGACGACUUUAUAAUAGAGUAAGAGUAAUAUCCUUUAAAAAUUCAUAAAGGAGGAAGAAAAGCUUUGCAUAAAAGUAAAAGACUUUAAUAGGAAAUUGAAAGUGAUGAUAUAUCAUAAGAACCUGUAAUAUAAUCAGAUGAUCAAAUCAAUUAAAUGUAAAUCUAUAAGACUUACCAUUAAAAAUCAACAUAUUAAAGCACAGAGAAAAAUAGGAUUCCUUAAGAAAAGCAAAAACAAUUAAUUAGCAUAAUGAAAUAAAAAUUUUCUUAAAAAUUGACUUAGUCAUCAUUAUAAGUCUUAUCAACAACUAACAGUAAACUAUAAUAAUCUAGCAUAAAAAUUAAAGAUCAAUAAGAAAAACAUGUUCGAUUUAAAUUACCAAAAUCACAUAAAUAAAAAUAAAGAACUCAUUCAAAUUUUAGAAAUAGAUUAAAUACUUAAGUAUAUAAUUAUCUAUGA